UAAUUCCUAAAAUGAAACGACUUUUUAGCGCCCUGACUUUGUUAGUCCUCCUAGCUGUUAUAAAUGCACAAAACUUUACACUUAAUAUUGACACAACAAAAUUAAUAGGGGGAGUAUAUUCUUGCCUUAAAGCAGAGGGCGAGGUAAUACUAAAUGAUCCUAAGAUUUUACAUGAGAACAAGUGCUCCAAACACUGCUUCAUGGUGGCAGCAGGAUUCAUUGUCAAUAACCAGAUCAAUCCCAACAAGAUAAGCGACAUUUUGUGCAAAGAUGUCAGAAAUUCGAACAAGGUAAAGGCACUGAAGAGCUCAUGCCACAGCCUCAAGGAUGCAGGAAAGUGUGAACUAGGAAAGAAGCUUAUGGAAUGUUAUACUGCGGUCGCUUUAAAGUUCAAAGAUUAAGUAUUACGGCUGUUUAUGUAACAAAAAUAAAAAUCAAUAAUAUAUCUUGAA